CCCCUUUGCUGCUUUAACGCCCAUUUCAGUCCCGAAGAUUGGUCAUUUGUUUAUCCAUUAAUUGAUGUUCCCUUUUUUUAAUGUAAUUUUAUUUAUUGAGUGAUAAAACGCGGUGUGAACUCCGGGCCAGUGUCUGGCAGUCUAUCAAGAAUCACAGAAAGUGAACUUCCUGAACAGUCACCCGGUACAGCUGCUUGUGGAGGACUUGAGUGAGAGCUGUAGCUGUCCUGGCUAGCGGUGGGCUAAUAUCACACAAGGACAACAUGAGCUAGGGUGCUACAGCUAUCUAAUCUAGUAAACUAGCCACCUCGUGCAGUGAGAAGACGGGAAACGCACCUGUUGGACAGUUAUCACUCGUGUUGCCGCAAGUUAACAUGUCGAAUCAGCACCAGCCGAUCCAACAGCAGCCUAAUCAGAUCUCUGCUCCUUUCCCACAACUGUCUGUGAAACCUUCCAACAAUCCUCUUCAAAUCAAAAGGAAUUUAAUAACAGACGAUUACAGAUUAACUAGUCAGGUGCUCGGGAUGGGGAUAAAUGGCAGAGUGUUGGAAAUAUUCCACGGAGAGAGUGGAGAAAAGUAUGCACUAAAGAUGCUGCAGGAUUGUCCAGAAGCCAGGCGGGAGGUGGAGCUCCAUUGGAGGGUGUCCCCUUGCCCCCACAUAGUACCCAUCAUCGAUGUUUAUGAGAACAUCUACCAGGGCAGGAAGUGCCUCCUCAUUGUGAUGGAGUGCAUGGAUGGAGGCGAAUUAUUCAGGCAUAUCCAAGACAGAGGGAAUCAUGCAUUUACAGAAAGAGAGGCCUCUGACAUCAUGAAAAGUAUAGGAGAAGCAAUACAUUUCUUGCAUUCCAUCAACAUUGUUCACAGAGAUAUCAAGCCAGAGAACCUGCUGUACACCUCCAAAAGGUCAGAUGCUGUCCUCAAGUUGACGGACUUUGGGUUUGCCAAAGAAAUCAUCACUUUAAACUCUUUAGCAACACCAUGUUUCACCCCCUACUAUGUUGCUCCAGAGGUUCUCGGUCCAGAGAAGUAUGACAGAUCCUGUGACAUGUGGUCUCUGGGUGUCAUUAUGUAUAUCCUGCUUAGUGGAUAUCCUCCCUUUUUCUCACAUCAUGGUCUAGCAAUAUCGCCAGGAAUGAAAAGACGGAUCCGUAAUGGGCAGUAUGAGUUCCCCAACCCAGAGUGGUCUGAUGUGUCUGAGGAAGCUAAACAGCUGAUCUGCCACUUACUGAAAACUGAGCCCACCCAGAGAAUGAGCAUCACCGAGUUCAUAAACCAUCCCUGGAUUAAUCAGUCGGUCGAGGUCCCACAAACGCCUCUCCACACCAGCCGCGUGCUGCACGAGGAACAGGAUGUCUGGGAGAAGGUUAAUGAGGAAAUGACAAAUGCCCUGCAAACAAUGAGAGUGGACUAUGAACAAAUUAAAAUCAAAACUAUUGAAGACUCAACUAAUCCUCUGCUCUUGAAGAGAAGAAAGAAAAGUAAAAACUUGGCCACGCAGGCCAGUGCUAGUGAAGUAAAGACUUUUUAAGAGGUAUUCAGUUUCACACCAACACACACAAAAAAGCCUUUAAGAGGAGCUUUAGGGAAGUUGUCAGGUGACUCUAAAUUAUAUUUUUAUAGUACAUUUUAAGUAAAUUAUUUUAUUUUAAAACAUGAAAUGCACCUAGGCAUUUGGGUAAAUGUGCUUUAAGGACUUUUUUUCUAUGCAUUGAAAAGUAUUCCGUAUGUGCACUAAGGCUUUUUGUAUGUGUUGCACAUUAGGACAGUUUUUAUUAUUCUGCUGUAAAUACUCAGCGAGUCAUUUGAGUGAGCUUUGUUGGCAUCAACUUAUACGCUGCUUUUGGGUUGUUUUCUGUCUCUGAAGUUUUUCUGUUCUGUUUCUGUUCAAAACCCUGUUUGCCUUGAGGAUAUUGUUGAGAAAGUUUGCCAGCAUCAUUCACAUGUGUCUGUUGAAUGACCACUACCACAAAUUUUGUUUUGUAUGUGAUGUCACAAGUAUUUCUCCUUACCACAAAAUAGGAGUUUUCUUGCCACAUUGUCAUAGUGCAUUAUUUAAAACUUGCCAUGUGUAGCAAUAAUCAUGCUUGCUAUGCUUAUGAGAUGGGUGAUAAUUGUGUUUGAUUAACUGUGCUGCUAAGCGGACACUUGCUUCUGUAGUGUUAAUUUUCUUCAAAGCACUAAUAUAAAAGUAGUGCAUGAAGUCUGUUGUGUGAGACACGGAAAGAUGGAUGGCACUAAACUUUUAGAUCAAGGGAGGAGUGACCAGAUGUACAAUAGAAAAUGUUGCAUGCCACCAUUAUCCUGUAUGUUUUUUGCCCUAGAUUAAAUCUCUCAAUCUUC